CGUAGGUUGUGCAGAAACGUAUUUCAUCGACCAUAGAGAUUUAUGAAAAUAUUUCACUUCUUAUGCGGCGUAUCAUAAAAGAAUGAAUCUAAUUUAACAAGAACGAUUAAAAAGUUUUUGAGGACUUGCAUAAGUUAUUAAUUAAACAAAGGCAAUUUUGUUACCAAAAUAUCAGUAGUUUUGAAAUGUUAUCAUCCAUUUCACCAGCUUUUUUAUGAACAAGUGUAUGCGGUGUACACGUUGCUGAUUGUAUAGUACGAAAAGGCUUUCUGCCGUUGUAACUGUGUCACAUCAACGUUUACUUAUAUCAUAUUUUUUUCAAGCGAUGCUAAUAAAUUUAUAAACAGGAGAGGACAUUUUUUUUUCAUUUGUUUUUCUCUUCAUGUUUACAUUAAUUUUUAAACUUAUUGACUUACGUAUAUCCAGUCAGGUAGAGGAAACAUGUAUAAAAGUCUUAUAAUAAACGCUAUCGAACGAACAAGCUAGCUACAUAAAAACGUACCAGUGCGCAUCUGAUAUUGGGGAAUGUAAACAAAAAUUGGCUAUUUGGCAUAUUGAGAAAUUAUACAAUAAGACAUUCACCUGUGUUUGAAUUGCUCGGUCUAUGUCCUUAGAGUAAAAUGGGAUUGUCACCAACAACCAUAAAAUGUCAAAGAUUAUCAGAUAAAUAUGUAUGUAUGGGACUUUUAACAGUUAUGAUGAUUUUUAGUCUAUUUCUACUACUUAGAGAUAAUAUGACUGACAAAGAAAAAUUGUCUCCAGAUGAAAUUCAAAACCAGUUCGAAAUUAAGGCCUUUAACACAAAAUACAUUAACAAAACAUCUGGUGAUGUGAUGUUUGACUACAAAUCAGCCAUGUCAGCACUGAAUGCAGCAAAAGUGAGUGCUGACGAUCCUUUACUACUCGGACUUAUUAGAAGAUACUAUAUUGAAAAUCCGUCAGAUCUUGGAUACAAUUUGGAAAACCCGCACAUAAGAGACACCUCAAAGGGCCAAGCUGCAUUUGUGGAUGAAGCUUUGAAUCAUACGGAAAAAGGAUUCUACGUAGAAUGUGGCGCACAGAGCGGAGAAUUUCUUUCGAAUUCAUUGUUUUUCGAAAGAUUUCGAAGUUGGAGUGGCAUUUUAAUUGAAGCUAACCCGAUGUGGUACAAGGUGCUAAAGAACAAACACAGGAAAGCAUUUACCAUAAAUGCCUGUCUCAGCACAAAACCUUAUCCAUCAAUGGUUAAGUACGGAAGAAGGAGAAUAAUUGGCGAUGAUGUAAUCAAGCCAGAUUUGCUCGAAUAUGACGAAGGUCCAUAUAUUGAUGUCCAGUGUUUUCCUCUCCAUUCAAUCCUUCUUGCUUUAAAUCAAGUAAAAGUUGAUUACUUUAGCCUGGAUGUGGAGGGUGCUGAGAAGCCAAUUUUAGACACUAUUCCUUGGGAUAAAGUAGAUAUAAAAAUGAUGUCUAUAGAGUAUAACAAAUGGAUUGGCGGGGAAAAGUCAUUGAAAACAUACAUGCAGAAUAAACAUUAUAAGUUUUUGACCUCACUUACUGAGCGGCAUGUCGCAGAUAUAAUAGUUCAAAAAAUAUAAAUGAAAACGAAUAUUACUUAUCAUAAAGUUUAAACACGAAAGUCAUAUCAGUUUGUAAUUGUGCAUAUGGUACAUUUAAACUAACUGCUUCCUAUUAAUUUUCUUUGUAUGUUAUAAUUAGCAAAUAACCAUAACAUUAUCAGAUAUUGUGUCUUAUGUUGCUAGGGUUAAAGAUAUGAUCCUACAAAAGGAAGCAAUAUCAGCCGACAAAAAAUUUAAUGCUUAAGCGAAUCUUUAUUAUUUCAGGCUUUGGAAAACCUAGCCUAUUAAGCUGACUAGCACAUUAUUAAAACAGUUCCUUUUUAUGUUUCAUCUCAUCCUUUUUUAAUGUUACACACAGCAUAUUUUUUGUCCACAUAUUCACAUGACAGAUUUUCUUAGAAUAUGUUUCAAGAAGAAUGGAGAAAAAGAUGAUUUUAGAAUGACAUUAACAACAUCAUUAAGAUAUAAAUAUUUUCGAUAUACAUUUAAAUAAUGCAUCACAGUAGAAAAUUACCUUUUGCGCGAAAUUAUAUAAAUUAAAAGUAUGUGUUUUAACUGACAAAUGUUGACAAAUAUAAGUCGACCGAACAAAUGGCCAGAUUAAAACGGGAGCAAAGGAAACUAAGCAAAAGAUAAUUAAAGCAAAACAAUAUAAAUAUAAGCGCAACUGCCUCAUGCACAAGCAGCUUUUUUAGAUAAUUAUAGAAAAAUCGGGAAAAAGGCUAUACCAGAUUCUUUCUCUGCUUUUUUACGUAAUUGUUGAGAAAGAUAUAUGGUAUUGAAACGUAAAUUAUUAUGUAGUUAAUGGAAACAAUAUAUACAGCUUAUGUGAAUGCCUUUAUCUGUUACCCUUCAUUUCACCAUUAAGUACUAUAAAAAGAAACACACAAACAUAUCAAAAGUUCAACAAUAUAUUUAUUUCUCAGACAUUAUACCGAUAGGAUAGAAAAUCAACGCUAAUGAUGGAUUCAAACAAUAAUAAUCGUAACACGUAUUUAUCUGAUACCUCUUGAAUACAACCAUACCAUCAUUUUUGAAUUCCUCUUAGGUGAUAUAAGUCCAAUAUCACUUUAUUGUGAUUAAAUCAAUUAAAAGUAGCUUGUUUAUUAUAUUUUUAACAGAUUAUCUUUUCUUUAGAUUUUUUAGAUUAUUUCUGUUUCGAACCACCUACAAAUGACAUUCUUGUCAUGACAGAUUUUCUUAGAAUAUAUUUCAAAAAGAGAGCAGAAAUAGAUUAAAUCGAGAGAAAAGAUGACAUUAACUUCAUUAUUAACAUAAGAUAAUAUUCAUCUAAAUCAUGUAUUACAGUAGAAAAUUACUUUUUGCGAGAAAUAAAGAAACUUAAGGUAUGUGUUUUAACUUACAAGUGUCGAUAUAAAUAUAUGUCAACCGAACGAGUAGCCAGGAGCAAAGGAAAUUAAAAAAGAAAUGAAUAAAACAAAAUAAUAUACAUAUUAGCGAAACUGCAACAUGCUGUUUCAGCUAAUUAUAGAUACAGCGAUAAGAAAUACUAUACCAGAUUCUUUCUCUGCUUUUUCUGCGCAAUUAUGGAGAACUCGUCAUUGAUAUAUCUUGAUGAAACGUUUUUAUUAUGUUGUUAAUUGAAACGAUAUCUUCUUAGAAUAUUUAUGAAUCGAACCACCUUCAAAUAAACAUAGAAAUAUAUGAACUAAAUACGUGGCCUGAGAAAACGGAAAUGAUGUUUGUAGAACUCUGAUCGAUUUCGGAGAACUGUGCACGCUUUUCCUUAAUGCCAGAAGUCACUCUAUCUCCAUACUUCAAUUUCUCCACAUAAUGUGCAGAAAUGUUUUUAAUCGAAUACUGAGAUUGAUGAAAAUAUUGUCACUUCUUAUGUGUUGCAUCAUUAAAGACCGUAGCUAUGCUAAUCGGUACCGAUUAAAUAGGUUCAGAGGACUUGCGUAGUCUUUGAUCAAACGAUGCUCUGAGAUUUUCUGGUGGCAAAAUAUCUACUAUUAAGAUAUAAGCAAUAAUGAAAUAAAAAUUUGUAUCACACUUCUAACUAACUUUUGUUGUGAAAAGUGUAUGCGGCGUACACGCUGCUGAUGGCAUCAUACGAAAAUGCUGUCUACCAACGACAUAUUUAACUAUUUCAUAUUAAGGUAAGCUGAAGCCGGUCUUAGGGGGCGUGGACAAUGCUGCAUUUUCCGUUACUGCUCAUGAACAGGCUCAAUCAAACCGAGUCUGCAAUUUUCACAGAUUGUCUUGUUCUCGGUGUUUCCGAUGGAUCAAUUUUUCAGAUUUUGUUUACGUUAUAUCACUCAGUGAACAAAUAAUUUUGUCAAAGUUGUUUUUGUAUAUGCGAUAAAAAGCAUAUUUUCUUGCAUAUUCAUAUUUAUUUUUACAAGCGCUGCUAAUAAAUUUAUAAACAGGA